CGGGCGGGCGCGCGGGGCCACUCGGAGCCGGGCGGCGGCGGCGACAUCGGCGACAGCCACAGCGACAGGUAUUUCCCCACUGUGUCUCUGGGCCUGGACUCUCCCUGCACCUUCAAACCUCCAAGAAUUGCACGGUGGCGAGGUGAGACCCCUCAAAACGCUGCCCAGCCUCRCUCUUCCCUGCCCCUUUUUCCUCCUGCGAGCCUCUGGGAGGGAUCUGCAACAAGAAGUUUCCAUUUGGAGCUGGCAAAUUCCCGCUCCAGGGCUUAUGCAAGGACACCAUGACCACUGAUGAGGCCACCAAGAGCGAAGGGGAGGUGCAGGCAGCGGCUCUGGCMGAGCGUGGGGAGGACAUCACACCAUCCAAAGACCGAGGGGUUCUCAAGAUCAUUAAGAGACCCGGCAGYGAGGAUGAGUCUCCCAUGAUCGGGGACAAGGUUUACGUGCAUUACAAAGGGAAAUUGGCCAACGGGAAAAAAUUCGACUCCAGCCGUGAUCGGAACGAGCCCUUCAUCUUCAGCCUGGGCAAGGGUCAGGUAAUCAAGGCAUGGGACAUUGGGGUGGCCACCAUGAAGAAGGGAGAGAUCUGCUACCUGCUCUGCAAACCUGAGUAUGCAUAUGGCUCUGCWGGCAGUGCCCCCAAAAUCCCCUCCAACGCCACCCUCUUUUUCGAGGUCGAGCUGCUUGACUUCAAAGGYGAGGACUUGUUUGAGGAUGGAGGAAUAAUCCGCAGGAUCAAGAGGAAGGGGGAAGGCUACUCCAACCCUAAUGAAGGUGCCACCGUGGAGAUUCACCUGGAGGGGUUCUGCGGCGGCCGCAGGUUCGACUGCAAGGAUGUGAAAUUCGUGGUGGGMGAAGGGGAGGACCACGACAUCCCCAUCGGCAUCGACAAAGCCCUGGAGAAGAUGCAGAGGGGAGAGCACUGCAUCCUCUACCUCAGCCCACGGUACGGCUUUGGCGAGGCUGGGAAGCCCAAGUACGGCAUCCAGGGGAACGCUGAGCUGGUGUACGAGGUGACCCUGAAGAGCUUUGAGAAGGCCAARGAGUCGUGGGAGAUGGACACCAAGGAGAAGCUGGAGCAGGCAGCCAUAGUCAAGGAGAAGGGCACCAUGUACUUUAAGGAAGGCAAGUACCUGCAGGCAGUGAUCCAGUACGGCAAGAUCGUGUCCUGGCUGGAAAUGGAGUAUGGAUUGUCUGAAAAGGAAUCCAAAGCCUCGGAAUCCUUCCUGCUGGCUGCCUUCCUCAACCUGGCCAUGUGCUACCUGAAACUGCGUGAAUAUGCCAAGGCUGUCGAGUGCUGUGACAAGGCACUGGGGCUGGACCAGGACAAUGAGAAAGGCUUGUACCGGAGGGGCGAAGCCAGGCUGUUGAUGAACGAGUUCGAGCUGGCAAAAUGUGACUUCCAAAAAGUGCUGGAAGUGAAUCCACAGAACAAAGCAGCGAAAUCCCAAAUCUCCGUGUGCCAGAAGAAGACGAAGGAGCACAACGAGCGGGACAGGAGGAUCUACGCCAACAUGUUCACAAAGUUUGCAGAGAGGGAUGCAAAGGAGGCAGCCAGCAAAACCGGGGCGGAAAAAACAACGGAGAAGGCAGCAUGUGAAAAAGGACCGAAAACUCCUGGUGCUGAAGGUGAAGAGGCUGAAGGACAUGUAUGAUGGAGGAGGAGGGGAUGGGGUAGCCUCGUGCCCUCGGCCCACACAGAGAAAGGUUGCUGCCAAACCUUGGGACUUGCCAGUGUUUUCUUGUAAAGCUUGUUACAGUUUGUGUGAUCGUGGAAGCAAAAAGCACCUCGUGAGGAAAAGCAAACCCUGUCCCACUGCCCUGGGUGCACUGGGGGCAGAGCAGGAGCGGCAGGACACCAUGGGACCACCGCACGUGGAACAAACAGCAAUUUAAACAGCAAGGAAAAGAAAAAAAAAUUAUAAUAAUAAAUUAAAA